GCGAUGGGGAUCCCCUGCAGAGGCACCGCCAGUUGGCCAAACUGCUCUAUGUCCACAUGUUGGGCUACCCCGCCCACUUUGGACAGGUCCCUGAAACCUGCCUGCUGUCAUCUGGAUCAACACUUAAGCCUCCGGUUACAGAGAGAGUGAUGAAAUUCGAUUCCUCACAAGUGAAUCUGGCCUAAAGAAGGUUGUAGCCAGGAAGUUAGUCAGUGCCUGUGGUUUCACACUGCCCUUCCUGGUCUGCCUCCUUUCUUCCCCAUAGAUGGAGUGCCUGAAGCUCAUCGCCUCCCCCAGAUUCACAGACAAGAGGGUGGGCUACCUUGGGGCCAUGCUUCUAUUGGAUGAGAGGCACGAUGCCCACCUGCUGAUUACCAACAGCAUCAAGAAGUGAGAGGGUUCUGGGGCACUUGCCAUCAGGGCGCUGGGAGAGUGGGAACUGCAAAAUCCCCAGAGGGGGCUGCCAGCUUCCAGUAUUGUGACAAGCUGGUUUUCUCAGACUUGACUAACCAUCCUUCCAACCUUACAGUGACCUGAGCCAAGGGAACCAGCCGGUUCAAGGCCUGGCCCUGUGUACUCUGAGUACCAUAGGCUCUGCUGAGAUGUGCCGGGACCUAGCCACCGAGGUGGAAAAGUUGCUUCUGGAGCCCGGCCCCUAUGUGCGUAAGAAGGCUAUUUUGACUGCAGUGCACAUGAUCCGGAAGGACCCCGAGCUCUCCAGCAUCUUCCUCCCGCCUUGUACCAAACUGCUUCGUGAGCGCCAUCAUGGCAUCCUGCUGGGCACCAUCACGCUGAUCACGGAGCUCUGUGAAAGAAGCCCUGCAGCCCUCAGGCACUUUCGCAAGGUGGUGCCCCAGCUGGUGCAGAUCCUCCGGACUCUGGUGACGACAGGAUACUCCACAGAGCACAGCAUCUCUGGAGUCAGCGACCCCUUCUUACAGGUCCAGAUACUCCGCCUACUUCGGAUCCUGGGACGGAACCAUGAAGAAAGUAGCGAGACCAUGAACGACUUGCUGGCCCAGGUCGCCACCAACACGGACACCAGCCGAAAUGCAGGCAACGCUGUCCUGUUAGAGACCGUGCUAACCAUCAUGGCCAUCCACUCUGCGGCUGGCCUCCGGGUUCUAGCUGUUAACAUUCUUGGUCGUUUCUUGCUCAACAAUGACAAGAAUAUUAGAUAUGUGGCCUUGACAUCAUUGCUGCAGCUGGUGCAGUCUGACCACAGUGCUGUGCAACGUCACCGGUCCACUGUGGUGGAGUGUCUACAGGAAACAGACGCCUCCCUCAGCAGGCGGGCCUUGGAGCUGAGCCUGGCUCUGGUGAACGGCUCCAACGUGCGAGCCAUGAUGCAGGAACUGCAGGCCUUUCUGGAGUCCUGCCCCCCUGAUCUGCGGGCAGAUUGUGCCUCGGGCAUUCUGUUGGCUGCAGAGAGGUUUGCUCCCAGCAAGCGGUGGCACAUAGACACCAUCCUGCAUGUGCUGACCACGGCAGGGGCCCAUGUGAGGGAUGAUGCCGUGGCCAACUUGACCCAGCUGAUUGGAGAGGCGGAGGAGCUGCAUACCUACUCUGUGCGCCGCCUCUACAGUGCCUUAGCAGAGGAUAUCUCCCAGCAACCACUGGUUCAGGUGGCGGCCUGGUGCAUCGGGGAGUAUGGGGACCUCCUGCUGGAAGGUAACUGUGAGGAGACAGAGCCUUUUCAGGUGGAAGAAGAGGACGUGCUAGGCCUGCUGGAAAAGGUGCUACAGUCCCACAUGUCCCUGCCCGCCACUCGAGGCUACGCCAUCACAGCCCUUAUGAAGCUGAGCUCCCGGCUCCGGGGGGACAACAAUCGUAUCCGCCAGGUGGUGUCCAUCUACGGGAGCUGUGUGGACGUAGAACUUCAACAGCGGGCUGUGGAGUAUAACACACUCUUCCAGAAGUACGACCACAUGAGAGCUGCCAUCCUCGAGAAGAUGCCUCUCGUGCAGCGCAGUGACCCCCACGUUAAUGAGGAAGGAGAGGAGAAGCAAGCCGGGGCCCAGCUCGUGGAAGCCACAGCCCCUGUCCCCACAGAACCCCAGGCCACCAAACUCUUAGAUCUGCUCGAUCUCCUGGGUGACACUUCUGGGCGCGCUCAGGACCCUCCUCCCCUGGCUCCUUCCCCAGGGGAAGCCUUAAUUCAUCUCCUCGACCUUCCCUGUGCACCUCCACCCCCAGCUCCCAUCCCCAGUGUCAGAGUGUUUGAGCGGGAGGGCCUACAACUGGAUCUUUCUUUCGUGCGGCCCUCGGAAUCCCCAGCUUUGCUCUUAGUCACUGCCACCGCCACCAACUCCUCGAAGGAAGAUGUCACCCACUUCGUAUGCCAGGCAGCUGUGCCCAAGAGUUUCCAGCUGCAGUUACAGGCCCCCAGCGGGAACACAGCUCCAGCUCAGGGUGGUCUUCCCAUCACCCAGCUCUUCAGAAUCCUCAACCCUAACAAGGCACCUUUGCGACUAAAGCUGCGCCUCACCUACAACCACUCUGGCCAGUCAGUACAGGAGACCUUUGAGGUGGAUAACCUGCCUGUGGAGACAUGGCAGUAACUUACUGUUGUCAGUGUCUGGCCUGGGUGUCUCCAGCCUCCUGGUGUGUUAUUUGAGGAAUGGAAAUAAAGACGCACAUAAAUUGCAAA